AUGGAUCCCUCUAAAAAUAAGCUAGUUUAAAUUGAUCCAGAAGCAGAACUAAGAUUCUUCAGUCAGCCAGAUAAUCAGUCUUACAAGACAUACUUAACAAUUACUAACGUGUCUUAGGGAAGUGUAGCAUUCAAAGUUAAGACCACUGCACCUAGAUUCUAUGUAGUUAAGCCCAACCAAGGAAUCUUAGAUAAGGGUUCUAAGAUUUCUAUUGAUAUCACCUUGAUUACUUCAGCUGAGAAUCAAAUUGACUCAAAUAAAUUUUUAGUUCAGGUAGCACAAUGUGAGCUUUCCUCUUCCGAAACUUAUCAAUUGAACACUCUAUGGGAUAAAAAGGGAAAAGAUCAGAUAUCAGCAUAUAAAUUGAAGGUUUCUAUCGCUCAAAAUAAUUAAAACUUUGCAAGCGCAUAAUCUUUUGGAGGACAGAUCUCACCGAACGCUAAUAAACCUCAGAGUGAAAUAGAAAAUUUGUCUUCAUUUAGAGAAUAAAUGUAAAUACUCAUAUCUCAUCAAGAAUUAGUAGUCAGCCUUAAUAAGAGGAAGUUAAAAGAUAAAGUUUCUCACAAUCAAAUGUAGCACCUCUCUAAGACUCAAUGGCAAAAUCUUUUCAAACAUCAAAGGCCCAAAAGCAUGAAUAUGAAAGAGCUCCAGAGUAAUUUCAUUCCAAUGUUUAAUAAAUUCAAUAGUGAUGAUAUCAAUUAGUCUUUGUCACAGAGUCAGAGUUAAAAUAUGAAUCAAGAAAACAUCAAGAAGAAGACAGAAGAAGUCAAUAGAUAACUAGAAUAGAUUUAAUCUGAUAAAAAAAGAGUGCUAGGAGAACUUGAUGGCUUGAAGAGACAACUUCUAGACAAUGAUAAGCAACAAUAUGACUGGAAGGAGGUAGACUACAAGAAUGAAUCUAGAUUCCAGAUAAUUCAUCUACUUAUCACUGCCAUUAUCUGUUUGUUUAUUGGAGGAUACCUCGUGACUAGAGAAACGAAGGAUGGAACUCAGCAGCCAAUUGUGACUGGACCAGAUCUAUGA